AUGCUGUCUUCGGGCAAAGUUGCCCACCGAGUAUGGACAGUUGGGGCACGGACGCCUGUGAGAUUCCAACAAACACAGGCGCCACAAAAGUUUGAAGUGUUCAUCGAUGAUAAGAAGGUACUGGUCGAUCCAGGAAUGACCAUCCUUCAGGUGAGCUUUCUUUUUUUGAUAUAAUGUUUAGUUUCUACCUCCAGGUACACUAUCUUAUUUAUUUCAGCUUUAUGAAAUAUUGUUGUAGGCAUGUGCUUUGGUGGGUGUGGACAUUCCGAGGUUCUGUUACCACGAUCGUCUCUCCAUUGCUGGUAACUGUCGUAUGUGUUUGGUCGAGGUAGAGAAGUCAAUCAAGCCUGUAGCAUCUUGUGCCAUGCCCGUCAUGAAUGGCAUGAAAGUUAAGACCGACUCUGCUAUUUCAAGGAAAGCUCGCGAAGGUGUUAUGGAGUUUUUGUUGGUCAACCAUCCUCUGGACUGUCCUAUUUGUGAUCAGGUUAGCUAUGUUACUAUCUUGUUUAUGACCUUGAUCAAGUUUUUUUUUGGUUGGAUACUGGGAUUUUUGAGUAUAUUAUUACAGUUAAUCUCUAAUUGUUUUAGGGAGGAGAAUGUGAUCUUCAAGACCAGUCCAUGAACUUUGGAUCAGACCGUUCUCGUCUUCAGAACGAGUUUGAUGGUAAGAGAGGUGUCGAGGACAAGAACAUUGGUCCUUUGGUGAAGACCAUCAUGAACAGAUGCAUCCAAUGUACUCGUUGCGUACGGUUUGCCAAUGAAGUAGCUGGUGUUCCCGACCUGGGAACUACUGGUCGUGGUUCUGACAUGCAAAUUGGCACUUACGUCGAGAAGUUGUUUGCUUCUGAAUUGUCUGGCAAUGUAAUCGACCUCUGUCCUGUUGGUGCUUUGACUCACAAGCCUGGAAGGUGGGUUUGUUACCUAAAUUAUCAGUUUUAAAGAAAUUUUUUAAUUUUUUAAAAUAAUUUUUUGUGAACGAUUUGAUUUUUUAGUUCAUUUGUAUAAAUUUGUUACCUAAUUUACUGUUAUACUCUUUUUUAGCUUCAUCUCACGUCCAUGGGAGAACAGAAAGACUGAAUCCGUCGAUGUUAUGGACGCGGUCGGAUCGAACGUUGUUGUUAACCACAGAACGGGAGAAGUGAUGAGGAUCAUCCCAAGAAUGAAUGACGUGAGUUCUUUAUCAGUUAUUUAUACUUUUAGGAUAAUGUGCCAAACAGAUAUCGAACGAAUUUGUAAAACGUUUGUUCAAGCAGCUUCUUCUUUCGUUAGAGAUUACCUUGCCUUAUUCUUAAUUAACUUUAUAUUUUGUGUUAUAGGAUGUAAACGAAGAGUGGAUCAGUGAUAAGGCCAGAUUUGUGGUUGAUGGUCUUAAGCGACAAAGACUGCUCACUCCCUUUACCAAAACUCCAGGUGGUCUUGAACAAACAUCAUGGGAAGAAGCCCUCUUCACGGCCGCUCAGAAGAUCAGACAAAACAAAAGCGACGGAAACGCCUUUGCUGGUGUGGUUGGCGGAUUGGUUGAAGCAGGUAGGCUUUUUUAUUUUUAAAUUUUUAGGUAACAUAAUAUAUUAUUAUUCGUGGUUUUGAUACCAAUUUUUUAGAAUCUCUUGUUGCGUUGAAAGACUUGUUGAACAGGUUUGGCUCAGAACAUCUCUACAGCGAAGAAUCCUUCUCUUACAACACUGAUUUGAGGUAAGAUUUUGAUAAUUUUCUAUUCUAAACUAUGUUUUUACUUUCUUUUUUUUUUAAUUUGGUAAGCUUGGCACUUUAAUAUGAAUCUAUUAUUGCAUCGCUUUAGAGCCCACUACUUGUUGAACGACAAAUUGACGUCGGUUGAGAAUGCCGAUUACGUUCUGUUAGUAGGAACUAACCCAAGAUACGAAGCUCCAGUGUUCAACGCCAGAAUCCGCAAGGCCUUCCUCCACACAGAUGUUGAGAUCGGUGUAUUGGGAUCAGAACUUGACCUGACCUACGAUUACGAAUAUCUUGGAGAUAACGCUAAGACUCUCGCAAAAAUUGCCAACGGAUCCAACGAUUUUGGAAAGGUACUUCAAUUAAUUAUGUUAUUUGUGAAGCUAGACAAUUGCCGUUGUUGUACGUUUAAUUGUAAUGUUACAGAGGUUGGCGUCUGCCAAGCGACCAGUUAUCAUUGUUGGAGCUGACGCAUUGAAGGGAUCUGAAGGAGCUAAACUCCACUCUCAACUACUGAAACUGGCGGACAAGUUGAGAAAAUCUGGUGGUAAGUGUAUUAAUUCUUUGAGAGAUAUCUUCGAAUUAAAUGAUACAAGAUAAUCUAUUACCUAAAAAAGUAAAGCGUUAUAUUUUUAGCUGAAACCGUCGGGUUCAACGUGCUCCAAAGAAAUGCGGGCCAGACCGCGGCUUUGGACAUUGGAUACAAGAGUUUGGACAAGCUGUCGGCCGAAGAAAAGAAGAAGAUCAAAUUGUUGUACUUGGUCGGAUCGGACGAGAACAACCUAAAGAGAGAGGAAUUCCACCCCGACGUGUACAUCAUCUACCAAGGACAUCAUGGUGACUACGGAGCUUCCAUCGCCGACCUUGUGCUACCUGGAGCUGCUUACACAGAGAAGGCCGGCACUUACGUCAACACUGAAGGACGUCCACAAAGAACAUAUCCUGCCGUACCACCCCCAGGUGAUGCCCGACCAGACUGGAAGAUCAUCAGAGCGCUGAGUGAGAUCGUUGGAGCCAAACUUCCAUACGACACGAUCGAAGAAGUCAGAGACAGACUCACCAAAAUGGCACCACACUUGACCAGAUACGGCCAAGUCGAAUCCAGCACGCUACUUGACCUGGCCAGCCAGCUGGCUUCGAACGAAACCUCCUCUCAAUCGCUUCAAGUAAGACAACAAAGCUUGGCCGACUUCUUCGUCACCAACUCUGUCACCCGAGCCUCCCCCACUAUGGCCGAGUGCGUUCGUUCGGCCCGCGACAACCCCUCCAAUCCACACGUUGACGUGCCCUUCCUAGAAGCCGCCUCUCACGGUGUAGCGUUGGCUUCGAAACAAUACUAG